AUGUUCCUCUGGGGGCGACUGGAGGCGGAGCUUCGAGUCCUGAACCCGGACUUUAAUGAAACCAGGUCCUCUCUGGACCCAGACCCAGACCAGGACCCAGACCAGGACCCAGAGGAGGAUCGGGACUGGACCGACUGGCUCCGUGGCCUGAUGACCUCAGAUGUGGAGGAGGAGGCUGACGAUGACGACGAUCCUGAGUAUAACUUUUUGGCUGAUCGUGAUGAACCAGAUCUGGAGGAUUACAGAGACGACCGAGGAGUGCGCAUCACCAAGAAGGAGGUGAGCGAGCUUAUGGAGGAGCUCUUUGAAACGGUGAGUGCUAAGAACGUCACAGCAACAGGGUCCCUGACAUGA